CAUGGCUGUGAGCCCUCAUAAUUUCACGAUUCAUUUCAGGUCACCCCUUCUUCAAACCACGUCGAAUGUUCUCAUUGUGUCGCUCAGCUUGUCAGACUUUAUUAUGGUCCUCAAAACGCCAAUGGCUGCAUUCAAUAAUUUUGUCCAAUAUCCAGCAAUGGGUCACACAGGUUGUCUCGUCUAUGGAGCCACGAGCAUCAUUUCCGGGCUGUCCUCCAUUUGGGUGCUGAGUGCCAUCACUUACGAACGGUAUAAGGUGAUUGCCAGUGGAUUCAGUGGUCAAAACAAGUUUUCCAUGAACACCAUCCUUACUAUUUUGGCUCUCAUUUGGGGCUUCUCCACUCUGUUGGCCAUAUUUCCAUUCCUGGGAUGGAACGCUUAUGUUUACGAGGGUUUCUUCACCACGUGUACGAUGAACAGCAUCGCCCAAGACGUUUGGGAUCGAAGUUACACCUACUUUCUUUUGGUGGUGGCCUAUUUGAUUCCCAUGUGUAUCAUCACCUACUCAAACAUGAGCAUCGUUUACAAUAACAAGACCAAUAACAAGGAGAUUUUCGAGCUGAUGAACAUGCGCAAACGUUCUUUUCAAACAUCGAACACCUCGGAAUCGGUCAGCACCAUCGCGAACAACUCCAAUGUGGAACAAGGAUCUACUCCGUUGGUCCCGGGCAUGUCCUCCAACGUUCACGUUAAUAAAUUCAAGCAAGACCGACACAUGAUUGAGAUCCGAUUGGCCAAAGUGGCAUUCUUUCUCAUUCUUUUGUGGUUGGUGGCAUGGACGCCGUAUGCAUUGGUAUUCUUUUGGUCUCUCACUCCAUAUAGUCAAUAUCUUCAUCCGAUUUAUGAUGUCUUUCCUGGGGUUUUCUGCAAAAUGUCCGCCGCAAUCAACCCUUACAUCUAUGGGUUAUGCUUACCCAAGUUUCGGCGUGAGAUCUAUCGAAUAUUUUUCCGAGCCUUUUUUUGCCGAAGUCGCUCUCCCAACCGUGGAUGUGUCAACUGACAACCAUCGAGGGCAACCAGUAGCGAGAUGGGUGCCUCAUUGUACCAAGUGUGACUGAGCGGCCGAACGUGGGCAUUGGUGGGAGUCACAGAGUAAAAUUUGUAGAAUGUCAUGUUUAAUGGUUAAUCAAAAUAAAGUGCACACCAAACCCACGGUUACUGAUAGGAUAGAUACAACUUUACAUGAUUACGACAUGCAAACCUUCUUUAUAUAUACAAUCAAGUGCCAUUUCAAAGACGAAAAGGAUCAUGAAUGGACUUAAUUAACCAAAUUAUUUUGCAUUGUUUAUGUUGAAUUCUUGGUACU